AUUGCAGCGGGGCGUGUCCCGCCUUCAGCUCAGUGUGACGUGAUCCACGAUGAAGCGUCGAGAAAUAAUAUUUCUGCAAAGGAUACAUAAGUGGCCCCUCGAUUUAAACUAGUCUCGAACCUCAUUCAAGACAGCCGAGAAAGAAGCUCCCGAAUAUAGCGGCAUGAAACCAACUUGCUGGUCGUGUUCGAAGCUUUGAGAUCGACCCUAACAUGUCUGUGGCGCUUUUAUCUCUGAGCCAAACUCGUGGAAACAAUGAUGCUCCCCAAGACACCACGGUGGGAGGAGCUAAACCUCUACAUCGGUUCAUCAAUGCUCAACCGCAGCUUAUUGGGAUUGCCGUGCUUAUCAUGGGAGUAUCAUUCGUCAUUACCACCAUUGUUAUGGCAGAACAAAUUCAUUAUUCCCAUGUAUUUAAAACCAUCCCACCAGGGUACGUGAUUGGAGCACUGUUCAUAAUAUGUGGGAUUCUGUUUAUUAUAACGGAACACAACCCAACCAAACGAACAGUGACUGUAUCCUUGGCUCUAAGCAUCGUGGCCAUACUGGCGUCAGUGUGGACUGCCAUUAUUGUCAUUCCCGAAAUGGAACACUUUGAUUAUUAUUACAGCCCCGAUGAGUUUGUUGAAGUCGACAACAUGACAUCCCAGGAGGAAGAAAGAAGUUUGCGGGCGAAGACUGAUAUUGUCAAACUGACAUUGUCCAUGGUCUUCAUGUGCUAUGUCUUUGUCGGUUUGAUUAUUUUCAUCGUAAUGUCAUCGCUGGCCACAGCAGCCAUACGUUCCACUCGCAGCCAGGCCAUUGUUGUCAUGUCCAGAACAGCCAACACAGCACCUACUGAGUUACAAGAUGAACAGUCACAUUAGUGGGUACAAAUUUAUAGACAUUACGACUUGACCUUGGAAUUAAGCUUCAAUUUGGCGUGUUGUUGUGUUUUUACAUCACACAAUAUGAUCAAAGUGUCACAUAUGGUGGUGGUGGAGGACCCCAAAAAGCAG